CAAUGCCACAGACCAGCAACCAGUCUUCAAGAAUUAGUCAUAUUUAUGCAUUUAAUAAAACUGUACUUGAGUUGGUGUUAGAAUUUAGAACUUUUGAGCAGAAAAUAAAUGGUGGAUCGAUUGUGCAUUACAUUUUCUGACAUUAUUAUUUAGCACAAUGUCCGGUGGUCACAAGCAUCGUUACAAGAACGUGGGCCUGAGCGCCGACGAGUUGCGGCGUCGGCGCGAAGAGGAGGGCGUGCAGCUGCGGAAACAGAAGAGAGAACAGCAACUAUUCAAACGGAGAAAUGUUAAUUUGCCAGCACCGGACACACCUGAUCUUGCUGUUCAGGAAGAUGUGACGGUGUCGUCGUCGGACGACAUCUCGCCCGCCAUGGUGGCGGCGCUGUACGGCGCCGACGUGCAGGAGCAGGUGGCGGCCACACAGAAGUUCCGCAAGCUGCUCAGUCGGGAGCCCAACCCUCCCAUCGACGAAGUCAUACGGACUGGAAUUGUUCCUAAAUUUGUUGAAUUUCUAACAAAUAGUUCUAAUCCUACAUUACAGUUCGAAGCGGCAUGGGCGCUAACGAACAUAGCGUCAGGGUCGUCGGAGCAAACGCGCGUCGUGGUGGAGUGCGGAGCGGUGCCCGUGCUGGUGGCGCUGGCGGGCGCGGGCGCGGGCGACGACGUGCGCGAGCAGGCGGUGUGGGCACUGGGCAACGUGGCCGGGGACUCGCCGCGCUGCAGGGACGCGGUGCUAGCUGCGGGGCUACUGCCGCCCCUGCUGGAUAUUCUAAAUAAGUAUUCAAGAUUAUCUAUGACGAAAAAUGCAGUAUGGACACUGUCAAAUCUCUGCAGAGGAAAAAAUCCCCCCACGAACUUUGAAGCUGUUGCACCAGGCAUCCCCGUGCUGGCGAGGCUUCUGCACCACAUGGACGCGGAUGUGCUGAGCGACGCGUGCUGGGCGCUGUCCUACCUGUCCGACGGCCCCAACGAGAAGAUCCAGGCCGUCAUCGACGCGGGCGUCUGCAGGCGUCUGGUCGAGCUGCUUAUGCACAACAAAUACACAGUGGUGUCGGCGGCGCUGCGCGCGGUGGGCAACAUCGUGACAGGCAACGACGCGCAGACGCAGGCCGUGCUCAACUGCAACCCGCUGCCCAGCCUGCACGCGCUGCUGCGCUCCGCCACCGAAGCGCUGCGCAAGGAGGCGUGCUGGACUCUGUCCAACAUCACCGCCGGCAACGCGGCGCAGAUACAGGCAGUCAUAGACGCGAACAUAUUCCCCACGCUGAUAGAUAUUUUAAGAAACGCCGAAUUCAAAACCAGGAAAGAGGCCGCCUGGGCGAUAACCAAUGCGACAAGUGGAGGGACGCAUCAACAAAUUAGUUACCUUGUACAACAGGGCUGCAUUCCGCCUCUCUGCGACCUGCUCACUCUGACCGACACGAAGACAGUGCAAGUGGCGCUCAACGGACUGGACAACAUACUGAAAGCGGGACAGCACGCAGACCAGCGCGACAACCCGUACGCUGUGCUACUUGAAGAGUGCUUUGGCGUAGACAAAAUAGAGUUCCUCCAGUCGCACGAGAACCUCGACAUCUACCAGAAGUCGUUCGAGAUCAUCGAGAACUACUUCGGGUCGGAGAGCGAGGACGGGCGCGUGUUGCCCGACGUGUCUUCCACCGCAGAGUUCACCUUCGGGCCCAGCUCCGAGCCCACGGGGUACAACUUCUGAGCGACGAGCGCCCGCUGUGCAAUUUGGGUCUCGACAGUAGCAGUAUUUCACAAGGUGAACUACGAACUCCAAGAGUAAAUAUAUUUUCACUUAUUAUGUAGUUUAGAUGAUUAUAUUAAUUUAUACCGCAAAUUAUACACGAAAAAUAACCUUGCCUUAUUUUUUCGCUCGCUGCUGUUAUAGAUAACGAACGGCGUCAACAUAGUUUUCAUAUUUUGACAUUCAUGUCUGUUUAAAACAAACGAUUCAUGUUUUUGUGAUAAAUAGUUUUAAUUCGUUAUAUAUAUUCGAAUUAAAUAUUGCUACCAACACA